AUGAGGAUUUCGCAGUGGCGAACGUACCAGCUGCACGUACCCCCCCCCCCCCCCCCCCCCCCCCCCCCCCCCCCCCCCCCCAUCUGAACGCAGCUGCACUGAAAUUACCAGCCGCAGUUCACUUAGCCGCACUGCGGCUGCACUUGACUUAAGGUUCUGAGACUUCUGUCGUCUCGCUGAUGUACUUCUUGGGAAAGUCGAACGUGGAAAUAGCCACAGAUCACCGAGUUGGUGCUUCUGUGAACACCUUCCCGCUCUAGCACUCGAGUUUGUAUCUGUUCCAGAGCCAAUGUCCCGAAAAUUGGAGAGUGCAAUCCCGCUAGUGACUGUGGACGCCGAUUUCGAGCCGGAGCGUGUUUCGAAGAAGACUGUAUCGAAUCGCCCCUACUCCAAGGUCCUCGAAGAUUGUUCCGAAGCCACAAUGGUCAUAAAGACAAAGAGGCGCUCAUCAGAUGGAGAAUCAAUAGAACCACGUCAAACAAGGUCGUCAACCCUCAGUCAAUCCCUUGAUAGCAGACCGACAAACAGAAAAAGGAAAUCUGCUCCUAAAGUCAAAGCGGCUGCUAAAAGAGCAAGAAAGAAAUCUCCAAUUAAAGUAACUGUUCCCGACUUUGAGGAAUUGUCCGAUACCUCAGAACAAGAAGAUGACCUAGGACCCAGCGAGAAGGAAGCGGGAAGUGACCAGGAAGGACUUGACAUAGAUGAGGAAGAGAUCGGAGAUGUUUCCGAACCUGAUGAUCUCCAAGAAUCGGCACCGAAAGCUGUCAACAAAGAGCGUGUCACUAUAUCGUGUCGGUUUUUAGGAAAGCCCCUGCCGAGAGCAGAGGCCAUCUCGAGAUGGCCUCAUCGUUAUUCAGUUUUUGGCGACGAAGAGGACGGAGCAUCCGAUUCUGAUGCCACGCGUGGAGGAAAGAAACCUUCUCCCGUUGGGGAGGACGAGAGAUGUCUGCACCACUACACAACAGCAGAAGUGGAUAAAAAGGCAUAUAAGAUUGGCGACUGCGUUCAUGUGAAUGCAGAAGCUGGAUGCGAUUAUCUGGGAAGAAUUCUCGAAUUUUUUGAGUCAAGAGAUAGAAGUAAAUGGUUCCGUUGUCAAUGGUUUUUUCGAGUUGAAGAUACGGGAAUUGGAAAGGAUCUAAGCAAUGGAAUUGAUCACAAUUCCAAACGCGUGUUUUACUCGGAACAGGUGGACGAUAAUCCACUGGAGUGCAUUGUCGAGAAGAAGAAAGUUAUUAGAAUAGCACCACCGCCAAGAAUGAGGCUCACCAAGCACAUACUUCCUCGAUGCGACUACUUCUUCGACAUGGGCUAUAACACAGCGUAUUCUACUUUCUAUGUGCUACCUGAAGAGCUGCUUUGCGAUACCAGUGAGGAGCUUUCAACAGUUGAAACCAGCGAAGAGACAAGCUCCAAAAGAGGAGGAUUAAAGCCAAAGCCAUCUAGAAAGAUGGGGAAGGUUUCGAGUGAAGCGAAGCAUACUGAGAACUCUCCAGAGUUUUCGUUGCUGGACCUGUAUAGUGGAUGCGGAGCAAUGAGCACAGGUCUCUGCAAUGGAAGUGCGUUGGCUGGUGCCAAUCUUGUAACUAGGUGGGCAGUAGAUCUAAACGAGCAUGCGUGUCGAAGCCUAAAAUUCAAUCACCCGGAAACUGAGGUGCGAAAUGAGUCUGCAGAAGAUUUCUUGGCCCUUAUCAAAGCUUGGUACGAUUUAUGUGAGAGGUACUCCAUGGAUAACGAAGAAAGUGAAGUAGAGGAGAAGGUGGAGGAAAGUGAUGACAGUAGCUCGGACGAUGAGGAGUCUGUCUAUGAAGUUGAAUCCAUCGUUGGCAUUCGGUGGGCAGGAACAUCUAGAUUAGAGAUUAAAUUGGAUAAUGCAAAGUCUCCCACGUACAUUCAACGCAGUAACACCGCGAGGAAACCAGGAAUCGAGUUUAAGGUAAAGUGGAAAUUCUAUGAUGACCCUGAAGAUGACACUUGGGAGCCGGAAGAACACUUAAACUGUCCCCAAAAGAUUAAGGAGUUCGUUGUUGCUGGGCAGAAAAAACGGAUUCUGCCGCUACCGGGAGAUUGCGACGUUAUCUGUGGGGGCCCACCUUGUCAAGGUGCCAGUGGAUUCAAUCGCUUUCGCAACAAAACAGAACCUCUGAAGUGUGUGAGGAACAAGCAGAUUAUUGUGUACAUGGACAUUGUUGAGUUUUUGAAACCAAGGUUUGUUUUGAUGGAGAACGUUGUGGACAUCCUCAAGUUCGCCAAUGGCGUACUUGGCAGAUAUGCCUUAAGUCGUCUUGUGCGAAUGCACUAUCAGGCUAAGCUUGGUCUUCUUGUAGCGGGAUGCUACGGCCUUCCGCAGUUCAGAAUGAGGGUCUUUUUGUGGGGAGCUGCUCCAUCCGAGAAUCUCCCCGCCUACCCUUUACCGACACACUCAGUGGUGAUGCGUGGUCAUGCUCCUCAAUCUUGGGAGAAAAAUGUUGUCGCCUAUGAUGAGACUGAAUCUCCUCAUUUGGAGAGUGCUUUGCUUCUUAAAGACGCUAUUUCUGACAUGCCCAAGAUAGGGAAUUCGGAUUCGAACGAUGAGAUGUUUUAUGACCAAAGUCCUCGGACUCCGUUCCAGAAACUCAUAAGAGCUCCGCAAUAUGUGCUUCAUAGGAAACCAAAACCUACAAAAGCAACAAAGCCAAUUCUCUACGAUCAUCGGUCUCUUGAGCUGAAUCCAGAUGAUUAUCACCGAGUUUGCCAGAUCCCUCACAAGAAGGGGGCUAACUUCCGUGACUUAAAGGGAAUCAUAGUUUUAUCUGAUGGCACAGUGGACGUCGAGAGAAAGAAGAGGGUCCUCCUGCCCUCAGGAAAACCUUUGGUUCCAGAUUACGCCAUAUCAUUUGUUCGAGGGAAGUCGUUGAAGCCUUUCGGACGGCUGUGGUGGGAUGAAACUGUAUCGACCGUGGUUACCCGAGCUGAACCCCACAAUAUAGCGAUUUUACAUCCAGAACAAGAUCGUGUACUUUCUAUUCGAGAAAACGCCCGACUCCAAGGUUUUCCCGAUUGGUACAAACUAUUUGGGUCGGUGAAGGAGAGGUACAUUCAGGUCGGGAAUGCUGUGGCUGUGCCUGUCGCCAGAGCGUUGGGUUACACCCUGGGACAUUGCAUCAGACCUGAACAAAAGUCUCGAAUUAUACCAACAGGCAAAACAGCUUUGAUGCAGCUUCCCAAAAAAUUUCCUUAUUGUCUACUAGAUCUAGACAGAUAAGCUCACAGAAAAGAAGCGAACUGCAAGGAGGGAGAAAUUAUCUGACCUUCUCACCCAUAGAUGGAUGUUGGAUAAUGAUCAUCCCUUAAACUGAGGCACAUGUGCUCUGGAUUAUGUGUUCAAUAGUAGCAAUUAAGAAAAGCCUUCAUCGCACUGCCAUCAUUUAACAGUCUAUUCUCUAAUUUCGGGCGAGGGUGAAUUGGUAAAGAAAUCAUUAUGAGACGUAGCCGGAUCUCAAGUUUGCCCCGCCUACAUUCUAGGUCAGUAUGUGUAGUUUCAUGUUCCCCUUCGCGAAAACCUAUCGAUUUACGCCAUAGGUUGUGGAGUUGAAGUACUAGGUAGAAAGUUGAUAGUGGAAUAGGAUCCCCAGAUGUGCAGAGAUGUAUAGUUUGCAACCAAGUGACUCUAGAUCACUCGGCCUCAAGAACAGUUACUGCAUAAAUUUUCGAUGCUAGUGAUGCUCAAGGGACGUUGUCUCUGUGGUAAGCAGUACAGUGGCGACGUUUCUGAAAGUACUGAUUACAUUACUUCCCAACAAAAUACCAACCAGAUUUGUCGAAGACAAGAUAGGGAGUUAGAUGGUAAGGUUAUGGGAAGGGUGGUUCCUGCGUUCGUGUAAAACCCUCAUGCUUUUCAGAAGAACAGAAGAACCACAGGAAUGGAUAUGGAUUGAUAAAGUUUGUCGGACACAAAAGCCAAUAACUGUUCUUUUUCUAUAGGAAGUGCAGAGUUUUGCCACCUAUGGUAUUUAUGUCUUCAUGUUAUAAAUUUUGUCGACAUCGAGGAAGGUCUCGACGUACACAGUAAUUGGUUCAAUACUCAAGAGUAUUGAACCAAUUGAAUGUCUUCAAGAG